AUGAGAGCUGCCUCAUCUAACCUGCUGUUCGGGUUCUACAUGGUGCAUGUGGAGAAUGAAGGAAUGAAGGCAAGGAGAGGGAGGGAGAGUAGCGAGGAGACGAAGAUGAGAGGAAAGAUGAAGGGAAGCAGUGAUGAGGUGUUGGACCAGCUAAACAACAGACUGCAGACACUGAACCUGUGGGGACCAAUGAAGGAAGGAACGAAGACAAGGAGAGGAGGAGAGAGUCGCAUGGAGAUGAAGAUGAAAGGAAAGAUGAAGGGAAGCAGAGAUGAGAUGGUGGACGUGCUAAACAACAGACUGCAGACACUGCCAAGAGAAGCAACAGAUGAGGAGCUGCUUCUCGUUCACACGAAAUCUUACGUAGACAUCAUGAAAUCAACUCAGACGAUGUCAGUAGAGGAACUAGCAACUCUGUCUCUCGAGAACGGCUAUGGUGACUUGUAUCCUCUGGUUGACCGGGUGAUGAAAUCUAAACUGAAGAAUGGAUUCGCUGUCAUCAGACCUCCGGGGAGUCUGGUCCAGGGCCACGAGGUUCACGGCGCCUGUUUGUUCAACAGCGUCGCCAUCGCUGCUCGCUACGCUCAGGUCCAACACUCAGCCAGCAGAGUGUUGAUCGUGGACUUGGACGACCAUUAUGUUUUCGGGACCAAGAGGCUAUUUCAGGACGACCCCAGUGUCCUCUUCGUCAGCACCGAGUCUGACACCAUGUUCUCGGACUGUGCACGGACCAUGAACGUGACCUGGAACAAGAAGGGGAAGAAUGAUGCUGAUUGCUACAGUGCUUUCAUACAACUGCUAGAACCUGUCGCCCAAGAGUUUCAACCUGACCUGGUUCUGGUCUUUUCUGGAUUCAAUGCUGUUCUCGAGAAUCCACGGGCUUUAGGUACUUUGACUAGAAGUUUGAUGGGUAUUGCUGAAGGUCGAGUCAUUUUCGCCAUCGAGGGAGCUUAUAACCUGCAGGAGACAGCUUGGGUCGUCGCCGCCUGUGUCGAGACUCUGAUUGAACGACCUCCUGAUUUCCCGCCUUUCUAUGUUCAAACUAAAAGUACCCUGGAGUCGAUCACUGAAACCAUUAGUACUCAGUUUCCAUACUGGUAGAGUCUGCUGCCGCCCACCAUGAUGUAAGAAAGAAGGCGAAGCUGGCUCCAUGUUCAAAAGAGCAGAAUUAAACCUGGUUCAAAAAACAA